AUUUGCGUGACUGGAUGUGCUUUCCAAAAGCUCAUUCCUCUGUAACAGACCAGCUCCUCUCCUUCUCUCAGCUGCUUGUUAAUGGUCGCUCAGAAGAUGAACUCUUUGCUAAAGUGGGCGCUCAUUCUCUUCAUCCUCUUCUCUGUUAUUCUCAACAUCAUCCUGAUCAUCAUCCACUCCAGCAGAGUGCCCAAAUGCUCCUCUCAGCGCCUCCACCCCCUGCAGGCCAAACAUGACGAGCACAGCCUCGUGUUUGCUGACCUCACGAGGGAGGAGUACCUGCAGGUCCAGGACUACAUGCUAAACCAAAAAGAUUUGGACAUAUCAACCAACCAGUUCACGAAGCCGUCACAGAAUUUCUUGUUCUUAAUAGAACUCGCUCUGCCCAAAAAAGCGGACGCACUUGAGUACUUGGAUGGAAGAAGAGAAAAACCAAGACGUGAGGCAACAGUUGUGGUCUUCUACGGAGCUCUGGGAUACAUCAAGGAGUAUGUGGUGGGUCCACUCCCAAACCUGAAAUACCACAAAGACAUCACCUUGGAGAAGUACAAGACUAAAGCUGCCAUCAAUGCUCGCCAUAUCACCGCUGGAGAAUAUGUUUUGCUGUUUAGGUUUCUUGGCCAGAAUAUAUUUUCCAAACUGGGGAAGCUAAUGAAAGAAAGUUUCAAUGUUGGUCCAGGUGAAACUCUGCAAGGGUAUGAACAGAUGCCACGUGGGCUGAGAUCCGGAGACAGAAUCACCUGGAUAUCUUUCUUCAGAGACAGGAGUGGUGUGUACAUCCAGCCAGUGGGGUUUGAGGUGCAGGUCAACCAUGAAAGUGUGAACGCAUCAGAUUGGAAGGUGGCACAGCUGUUUUAUAACGGACAGUACUUUGACACUGUGGAAGAACUUAAGGAGAAAUAUGAUGCAGGGUCCAUCAAGAAAAUAAUUUUCAAGGAGACAUCUAAUUUUGGUUCUCUGAAACCCAAGAACACACCUCUGCAGCUCAGCCCACAGCAGGUGUACACUGAAGGUAAGCGCUUCAGCAUCAAGAACAACCACGUCCUUUACCUGGAUUGGAGCUUCGCCUUUAGUCUGAGCACUGCCACGGGCAUGAGGGUGUUUGACGUGUGCUUCAGGGGUGAGAGGAUAGUCUACGAGCUGAGUGUGCAGGAAGCCCUGUCUGUGUAUGGCUCAGUGACACCUGGAGUAAUGAUGACCAAGUUUUUGGACUCGGGCCUCGGAAUUGGCCGUUAUGCACAUGAACUGGUCCGUGGAGUGGAUUGUCCCUACAUGGCCACCUACGUGGAUACGUACCGCUACAUUGAUGUUCCAGGCCCCAUCAGAUUUAGAAAUUCAAUCUGCAUCUUUGAGCACAACAUGGGUCAACCCCUCCGGAGACACUUUUCUGACUUUUUUCACCACAGUUAUGGAGGGAUGGUGAACAGUGCGCUGGUGCUCAGGACUAUCAGUGCCAUCGAAAACUAUGACUACUUGUGGGAUUUCAUCUUCUACCAGAGUGGAUCAGUGGAGGCCAAGGUGCACGCAACAGGAUAUAUUGCCUCCUCCUACAUGGUGGAUGGCAGUAUGAGAUAUGGCCACCAGGUGGCCCAGAAUGUUUUGGGAAACAUCCACACCCACUUCAUCAACUUCAAAGUGGACCUGGAUGUGUUGGGAGUGAAGAAUGUGUUCCAGACCAAAGACAUGGAGUUCGUCAAUGUCUCAUUGCCAUGGAAACCUGAGCGCUACGCCAUGGUGCCUCAGCUGGUGGAGAAACAGCUGAAAACAGAACAGGAGGCGGCUCUGCGUCACAACGCCAAGACGCCUCGUUACCUCCACAUCGCCAGUAACCAAACCAACCGCUGGGGUCACCAGCGCUCCUACAGGCUGCAGGUGUACAGCUUUGCCGGGGACCCCCUCCCAGAGAGCGAGCCUGAGGAGAGGUCCAUGUCCUGGGCACGAUAUAAAGUUGCCGUGACCAAACAUAAAGACUUUGAACAGACGAGCAGCAGUUUGUACAGUCAGAACGAGAUGUGGAGUCCAGCAGUCGACUUCAGCAAGUUCAUCGAGGACAAUGAGAACAUCCAGGGCGAGGACCUGGUAGCCUGGGUGACCGCUGGCUUCCUCCACAUUCCUCAUGCUGAGGACAUCCCCAAUACGGUAACCGUGGGCAAUGGUGGAGGGGUCCUCCUGCGACCACACAACUACUUUGAUGAGGACCCGUCGAUCCACUCUGCUGACGCGGUCUACUUGAGUCCAGGUACCGAGGAGAGCUGCAAAACCAACAGAAUGGCCUGCCUUGCUCAAGACACCUGCAGCCCCGUGCUGGAACCCUUCACCUACAAUGGCUUUGAGGGAGUGAUGGAUUUAGUCGAGUGACCGUGAUUCCGUGGCACCAGUUUCACAACACUGAGGUGUUCACAUAUCGCUCACGAAGCUUGUGUCACUGUUCACUUGUGUCGAAGCUUAUUUUUGUCACCAGCCCUGCUCUUCCUCCUCUUUCCUGGCUCUGUCCACAUCUGAUCAGUGUGGCGGUAACAAACCUGACUGUGUUCGGUAUCUGUAAUGUGAGCAGUUAAGGAGGGAAAAGUACAAGACAGCUGAUGACCACAAUAGACAAAUUAACUUGUAAUUCUUUUAUUCUGCACACAAGCUGUCGCCGAUGCUAAUUUUAUCAAAUGAAAUUGGCAGGUUUGAAAGUGUGUUGCCAUAAUGACUUUGUGCGUGGUCUGAUCAGCCAUUGUGCGAUCACUUCAGAGCUAAUAAUCACAAAUAAAUAUCGAAAGUUACAGCUAAAGCUUAAAUCUUUAACCACACAGCAUUAUCCAAUAAACAUGUAUUAUCAAAAUACACUAUUUGUUCACACGUAUGCACAAAAGGCUUAUUUUUAAGAUGGCUACAUGCUAACCAGUUAAGCUAGCUGUCCUGGGCUAGCUGGUUGUUAGCUAACUUGGUGACAUAAACAGGCUUUUGUUACAAUUGGCUGCAGUCUGUUCAUUUGAAGGAUUUAUUCUCCAUAAGACCUGUUUCUCCUGUGUAAGCUACAGUAACCUACACUUGAUGAUUUACACUGAAAUUUGCUGAAAUUCUGUCAAAAUUACAGUGUGCAUAAUGGUCUUAAAACAGAAUAACAGACUUGGUGUUUUUUCACAAAUAUCGGAUUUCUACAUUAGAUGUCAAAACACAGAUAUUAAAUCUGAAUCUGUCACUGUUAUUUCCUCUGCCAAAACAUUAUGUUUGUGUCUAUUUGUUUGAUUUUUUUAUUUAUUUAUUUUUUUGCUAAAUUACCCCUAAACCUUUUCACCAAGCUUGGUGGGGGAAAAAAUGGUUUAAUUUUGGAUAUACAGUAGUGUUCAGACUAAUAGUAGUGCUAUGUGACUA